AAACAACAACAGCGCGUUUGUGGAUUUAAACGGUUAUUUGUUGUUUACAGCUGCCUGAAGUUUCGGGUUUGAGCAUCUUUAAACCGGAUCAGUUGAAAAGAAAACCGACAGAUUUCGUUACAAAAUGCCUCACCGAAAGAAGAAGUCGUUCAUUGAGAAGAAGAAGGCGGUGACCUUUCACCUCGUCCACAGGAGUCAGAGGGACCCGCUGGCUGCAGAUGAGACGGCCCCACAGCACGUCCUCCUGCCCGCCGCCAAGGCGGAUGCAGAGAAGAGGCGAGCGGAGCAGAGGGAGUUCGGCGUUUUUUUCGACGAUGACUACGACUACCUGCAGCACCUGAGGGAGGCGUCUGUCCCGUCUGAGCUGGUGGCGGCCGGUCCUUCACGGCGACUGAUUAACGUCCGUGAUGAAGAUGAAGAGGACGAGGAAGACAUGGACGGGGCCGUUCCUGUAAGUUGUCCUUUUGACACCCAGAUGACGCUAUGAAGUCCCUUCUCUUUACUGUCUUUGCAUUUUUGCGACAGUGGCAUCAUGCUGCUCCAGUGUGUGAUUUUAGACGGCAUG